GAUCAUGGACGAGCGCCAUAGUGGACGCCAAACCAGUGCGGAGGCUGCAAGCAAGGAUCCGUGAACAAGGAUACACCUCGAAGUUAAACAAACAAUUACCACCGAGGCACCCGGAGCCAAUGUAAACACUGUAGUUGACCAAGUUGUCAGGCGUUACGGCAAAUCACAACAAUUCCCUCUCUUCACACAUUCAUCCUCCUCAUUGCGCGCUUGUUCCCGUUCCCCUACCUUGUUGUCAUGAUAAUGCUGCCGAGGCCUUGAAUGGGAGCUUUCUGAGCAAUUGUCGCUACUGUGAUGGCGCCCACAUACAAGGACAAGCCUAGCGGGGCGCUCAUCUCGUUCAAUGGGAAAUGGAUAUCGUGGGCACACACCAUUGUCGCAUACACUGCCUUCAUAAGUGCCCUUGUCAUCGGCAUCUCGCUUCACUAUCACAAGAUCGUCAAGAACGAACAUUAUGGUUACCCGGACGAAUGGUUUCCGUCGGUAUCGGCAACGAUCGGCGACCGCUACCCUGAACGAUCGUUCUUCAUGUUUUUCAUUGCCAUCACAUCGGGUCCGAGAUUCGCUCUAGUAGGACUUUGGUAUCUUUUGACGGCGAAGCCAGGCAAAGCGCUCCCUAAAUUCAUUGCCGGCGUGGGUCUAUUCCGUACUCUGACCUGCGGGGGGUGGACCUACGUCACCUCGACGGAUGACCAUGAUUGGCACGAUAUCUUCAUGAUAUCCUACUUACUUGCGACGAUACCCUGGAAAUAUGGCUGCAUCACAUUGAGUCCACCCAAUGCAAAAGCAAUUAAGUACAGAAAGUACCUUGCUGGGGGCUUCUUCGGUGCCAUCCCCGGCAUGAUAUACUUCUUCAUACAGCACAAGGUUCAUCGCAUUGCCGGAGCCUAUACAACAUAUUCUUUCUUCGAAUGGUCGUUGAUAUUGUUUGAUGUCGCCUUCGAUGCCGUCACAGCCCUCGACUUUGGCACAUUUGAGAUUGUGAUCAAAGAUAUCGGGGGUCUAAGUCAGGGAAAGAACAAACUGCCAGUCUCGACCAUGGUUCUAGAGAAAGAAAAGGCGAAAGCCACAGUCGGUGUCUUUGACGCCAAGUUUUCUUGGGGAGAAGCCUUUGACACUGCCGCUGAGGUCUACCAUGGCUUCGUAUUCUGGUCCAUGCUCACUAGCUUGGGCGUCGUCAUCUGGUACUUUCCCCUCUGGUACAUGGGUAUAUCGGGUUACGAAGCACUCGUCAUGUCGACAAUCUCGCCGUUGCUCCUGGGUAUCAAGCCUGUUCGUUCACUGGUCAUAAACAACCUCCGGGCGUGCCAUUUGCUGUCGCUGUCAGGACUUCUCGCCUGGCUUGUUAAGGACCCAGUCUAUCGGCUAUUUACCGUCGGGUUCGGGGUUUGGAUGGCCUGUCUUUCAUGGGCGGCCACACUCUUCUCCGCGAAUGUUCAUGAAGUCCGCCUCGAGUCCAAGAUACUUGCGUGGACGGUCGGUUUGGUCGUGUCCUCGACUGCGAAGUUUGCUUGGUGGACCAAUAACCCGAUAUGGCCCAUAAUGCAUGCUGAGAACGGCGGGAAGAAUGAUAUCGGUCUAGCCCUAGCCGUACUAGCUACCUUGAGAUUCAGCCGCAAGGCCCCGUUGAACAGUGGGAUUGGAAAGAAUGACAAGCAAGGUGGUGCUCCGUCCUUCCUGGCUGCUCUCGGUAUCGGUGGCCUUUUCUUUGGCAUGCACUCAUUGCUCUCGGAUACAAGCACCAUGAUAUUGUGGGUUUGGGACGGAUACCCUGUCCGCGGACCCCUUUCUGCUCCUCAUGGAUGGUUUACUGUUGCGGCCAUGUCGGCUGGUCUUUUGACUGGUGUGCUCCGACCUAAGUUGGUGAGCACCUGGUCUGCGUACGGCGUCGGCUGUAUUGGAGCGGCCGUUCUAACAUCAUAUCCCCGCUGGUUUGGCUAUUAUGGCGCCCUCACCAUCGCAUUUUACCUGAUGGCCGUCGCCGGACCACUUCUUAUAGCAGCUGCUAAGGAGAACCCCGCAAUGACGUUUGGCCUCGGCUUCUUCAUCUACAACAUUAUGGUCCUUUUUCACGUCUGGGUUGUUGCCUAUGCGUUCGUGCCGGGCGGACCUCUUGUGCGCGAGCACACGGAUUGGGUCAUGACCAGCAUGAUGGUCUUGAUAGGCUGCGGGGUCUUCAACCUGACGUCUUUCAAUUCCCUCCACCGCAACACAACAAACCGCAGGCGUUAUUCCGUAUCCCAGCAUCGCAAAUAUCACACGUUUGCCCUGGGGCUCAUAAAUAUCCUAUUCCUUGCUUCUGCCUAUUUCCGUUUCCCGACCAAUGACUACCAGCCAUAUCACGCCGAUUCGCGCGUGCUCACCGCGGGCAUCUGGACGAUUCACUUUUCUCUUGAUAAUGACAUGUGGUCGUCUGAGUAUCGCAUGCGUGAUCUGAUCAAGGAACUCGAAGUCGACGUCAUCGGCCUGUUGGAGUCUGAUCUUCAGCGCAUCAUCAUGGGCAAUCGAGACACGACGCAGUUCUUGGCGGAAGAUCUCGGCAUGUACGUUGACUACGGCCCGGGACCGAACAAGCACACAUGGGGCGCCGCCUUACUCAGCAAGUUCCCCAUCGUAAACUCGACGCACCAUUUGUUACCAUCGCCCGUCGGUGAACUAGCACCCGCUAUACACGCCACGCUCGACUGUUACGGUGAGCUUGUAGAUGUCUUUGUGUUCCAUUCGGGGCAGGAGGAAGACCCGGAAGAUCGACGGCUGCAGAGCGAGUACCUAGCGAAAUUGAUGGGAUCAAGCCCCCGACCCAGUAUCCUGCUCAGCUACCUUGUGACGCAACCGCUCAAGGGCAACUACAACACGUAUGUCAGCGACAUCAGUGGGAUGCAUGACGUCGAGCCAAGUGAUUGGGAUCGCUGGUGCGAGUACAUUCUGUACAAGAACCUGCAACGGGUAGGCUAUGCACGUGUCAGUCGCCAUACCAUCACGGAUACAGAGUUGCAACUUGCCAAGUUUGUGGUUCCAAGUAGCGAGAGCGAAAAGGCCGGGGUGGCGAGGAUGGAGGCUGACCAGCGCUUGCGCGACCGCAGAGUGAGUGAAGACCAGGUGCCUGAGGGCUGGAGGUUUCCGGCUUUGUUCAGGGGGCAGGGGGUACGAGGGCAUAGAUACCACGUAUUCGAUGAGCCGUGGUAUUAUAAACCUGAGUAAAUGGGUGGUUGGUAGGAUGGACUGAUGAUAAUGAAUAGGUGGGGGAUGACUUGUGAUGCUGCAUGCAGCUUUGAAAUAUAUUAAAGUGAAUGGUGGAUGUGUAAUACUAGUGCCAUGAAAACAGAUUUCUCAAUGAUGUCUGCAGGUACACAGCUUCCAUCCCUUCUCGUACCACGACGCAUGGUAGGUAAGGCCUAACGGGAGGCUCGAUGAGUCUGCUCUGCCCUGGACUGGAACUUUUUUGGGUGGACCCAACUCCCGCCAAUAUGAUAACAGUUAUAGACGGGGGGUUUGGGCGACUCAGUGAGAGUGGCCAUGGGACUACUGUUAUGUUCAAAAGAAACAACUGCCGCUCAACGAGGGAACUCAGCUUGGUUGGUAGGUGAUCAAAUUAGUAAGCAAAACGCUGGUGAUGUUGAUCAACCAGUGAUUCGGGUGAGGUUAGGUGAGGUUGGCGACUUUUUGGUUGGA